AUGUACGAUUAUGUAAGAAUUAAUAGCAUAAAACUAGAACAAGAUUUAGAAGUAGAAGAGUAUUAUUCUUUAGAUUCUGGGUUAAGAAUAAUUUUAAAUAAGACCAAGAGUCCUAAGAUAUAUGGAUUUUUUACUUUAUUAACAGAAGCAGAAAAUGAUGAAGGGCUACCACAUACAUUAGAACAUUUAAUAUUUUUAGGUAGUCAUAAAUAUCCAUAUAAAGGAUUAUUAGAUUUUUUAGCUUAUAAAUGUUUAUCAGAAGGUACAAAUGCAUGGACAGCUAUUGAUCAUACAUGUUAUACAAUAGAAACAUUUGGUAUAGAAGGAUUUUGUAAUAUUUUGCCGAUAUAUUUAGAUUUUAUUUUGAACCCUACGUUAGAAAAUAAUAUGUUUUUAUCAGAAGUACAUCAUAUAUUCGAGAAUGGAACACAUAACGGAGUAGUAUACUCAGAAAUGAAAUCCAUCGAAAAUAAUUGUGAGAAUAUUGUAGAACGAACCGUUAUAACAAAUCUUUAUCCAAGUAAAAAAGGAGGAUAUAGAUAUGAAACAGGGGGGACCUUAGAAGGAUUAAGACAAACUAAUAAUAAUCGAGUGAGAGAAUAUUUUAAAAAAUUUUAUAAAUUAAAUAAUUUUGCUAUUAUUAUAUUUGGUAAUUUUAAAAAUGAUGUUAUACUAGAUAUAAUACAUAAGUUUGAAGAAUAUCAUCUAGAAUUAAAUCCUUCCCAAAAAAAACAAAAAAUAGAUAUAAAUAAUUAUUAUAAUGAUCAAAAUAUGAAUGAUCUUAUAAAAGAAGAAAAUGAUAAUAUUUGUUUAAAUAAAGAAGGAAAAAAAAAAUAUAUAUAUGAUAUUAAAAAAUGUAAAGAAUUAUUUUUAAAAGAUAUUCAAAGUAAUAAUAGACCAUGGAGAAGACCUGAAAAUAUUGAAAAAAGAGAAGGAUCAUUAAUAAUUAAAAAAUAUUAUCCUUGUAAUAAUUUAAAUAAUGGACAAGUUACAAUAGCUUGGAGAGGAUGCCCUUGGGAAGAUGUACAAACCAAAUUAGCUAUAUCGUUAUUAGGAAAUUAUCUUACAGAUUUAACAACAUCUCCUGUAAGUAAACGAUUACUGGAAGAUAAAGAAACAUAUUGUAGUAGUUUAGAUUUUUCUCUUGAAGAUUUAAAAGAAAAUUAUUUUUCAAUAGAUAUCUAUGAUGUAUCCUAUAAAUAUAAAUGCCAUAAAAUAGCUAAUGCUAUGAAUGAUCAUAAUGUAGGAACAAAUAUGGAUACGCAAAAAGGAAUCACCAACAUUAAUCAAAAUGAUCAUCAAAAUGAUGAUGAAAAAUAUAAUCAGCAUGAAGUUAAUAAUAAUAAUGAUGAUGAUCAUCAUCAUCAUCAUAAUGAUGACUAUUGUAAGAAUAAUAUUAAGAACAUACCAUGUAACAACACCCAGGAUAACAAAAAUGUACUCAAACCUUCAAACGAAAAAUGUAAUAUUAAUGUAAAUCCAUCAAAUACUCGUAAUGAUAAUAUAAAAAUGAAUGUUGUUGCAGAUAUCACAAGAAAUUGUUUAAAUGAAGUGUAUGAGAAACCAUUAAAUAUGGAUAGAUUAAAAAAUAUAAUUAAACGUUCCUAUUUACAACAUUUAAGAGAUUUAGAAACAUCACCACAUUAUUUAUUAAACGAAAUAUUAAUUAAAUAUUUUAUUUAUGGAUCUAAUAUUUGUGAUUUAGAAAAAUGCUUAAAUUUAAAAAAAAUUUAUAUUCAACUUCUUAAUGAAGAUGAAAAAUAUUGGAAAGAUAUUUUAAAAAGAUAUAUUUUACAAAAUGAUUAUGUGGAAGUCCGUUGUUAUCCUAGUGUUAAGAAAGCGAAAAAAAUUGAAAGUUUUGAAAAAAAAUUAAUAGAAAUGGAACAACAGAAAUAUGGUAUGGAGAAAUUAAAUAAAAUGGUUGAAAAUAUUAAGAAAAUUAAAGAAAAUAUAGAAAAAAAACCUCCUAAAGGUUCAAUAGAUAUUGUUGAAUCGGCUAAACCUAGAAAUGUAUAUAUAGAAGGUAUAACCGUUUUUAGAAAUUUCAAAUCUUUGAUGAAUGAACCUAACAAAACGGAUGAACAAAUUUUUGCAAACGUCAAAGCUACAAUCACCAAGGAUGAUAAUCAAUAUAAUCAAAAUAAUGAUAACUACAGCAAUAAUAGCUCCACCCAGAAUUUUCGAUUACUAAAAAAACUUACAGACGAUUUAAAAAGAAUAAUUUUUCCUAUUCAACUAAGCAAUAUUUAUUCCAACUUUGUUUGUAUCCAUGUUUUGAUAAAUUCGAAAAAUAUCGAUAAAUGUUUAAAACCAUAUUUACCCUUAUUAAGCUAUCUUAUGUUUGAAACAGACAUUGUUGUAAAUAAUAAAAAUAUAAAAUGUGAAAAUUUUAUUGAAGAGAUGAUUCGAAAUACCAUUAAUUAUGAUUGUAAUUUUGGUCUUGGUGAAAAUGCAAAGAAUUUUAAGGCAGGAAGUUUAGGUAAUAUAAUAUGUAUACAAAUAGUAGGAUUAUUAGAAAAUUAUGAGAAAUUAUUUGAUUUAUUAUUUUUAUCUAUAUUUAAAAUGAAUUUAACAUUACAUAGGUUAGAAAUUAUAUUAAAAUCUGCAUAUCAAAAUUUAUUACAAAAAAAAAAUAAACCAAAAACGUUAGUAAUAAAUUUGGAAUAUGCUUUAAGAUAUAUGAAAAAUAGUAAUUCAGGUUUGGUAUCAAUAGGUCAACAGGAAUUAAUAUUAAAAUUAAUUGAAAAUAAGAAUAAUUUAUUAGAUGUAUAUAAUAAAUUAAAUUUAUUAAAAGAUGAAUUAUUUAAUUUAAAAAAUAUAGCUUUAGUAAUAGAUGGGAACUUUUCAAAAGUUCAUAAUGUUUUUUCAUGGUAUGAUAAAUGGUUUACAAUUAAAAAUAUGCAAACAUGUGAAUAUACAAUAAAUAAUCCGGUUAUUGAUUUUAAUUUUGAUUCAGAUAUUGGUAACACGUGUGAAUCUUUUAAAUAUCUUGACCAAAGCACCAAAACACAACAACAUAAAGUAAAACAACAAGAUAAUGUAGAACAACAAGAUAAUGUAAAACAACAAGAUAAUGUAAAACAACAAGAUAAUGUAAAACAACAAGAUAAUGUAGAACAACAAGAUAAUGUAAAACAACAAGAUAAUGUAAAACAACAAGAUAAUGUAAAACAACAAGAUAAUGUAAAACAACAAGAUAAUGUAAAACAACAAGAUAAUGUAAAACAACAAGAUAAUGUAAAACAACAAGAUGAAGAACAAAAUAAUGAUGAUAUAAAUUCUUAUAAUUAUUGUAACCAUAUGUGUAAUAAUAAAGAACAAGAAAAUGAAUCCAGCAAAUAUAUCUCCUUAGGACCCAAUCAACAUAAAAGUUUAAAAGAAUAUUUAGAUACACAAUUUGAAGCAGAUGAUAAACAUUUUGAAAUGAACUAUAUUAAAGAUAAGGCAUACAACGGUGUUGUAUGCGGAAUUAAGAGUACAGAUGUUUCUUAUUUAAAAUUAACUAUAAAAGCCCCUUCAGGAUAUGAUAAUAAAUAUUAUUGUUGUUUAUUAGUUCUAAGAGAAUUCUUUUCAAUGACUGAAGGACCAUUAUAUAAUAGUAUUAGAGGAGGUGGGUUCGCAUAUGAAUGUGCUCUAGAAUAUAAUUGUAUUUUGGGUGAAGUUAGUUUACGUAUUUAUAGAUCAAGCGAUAUAAUAAGCGCCUUAAGAGAAGCUAUAAAAAUAUUGAAAUAUUAUUGUAAUAAUGAAAUGAAAGAAAACGAAUUAUCUAUUGCUAAAAGUAGUGCUUAUUAUAGUAUCUUUAAUAAUCAAGAAACUGUUAGUGAUCGUGCUAGCCAAACUAUCUUUUUAAGCUUAAAAAAUUUAAAUUUAAAUUUUUAUCAAGAAUUAUUAUCAAAUGUUGAAAAAAUUACAACAAAGGAUAUGCUAUAUGUUUGUCAAACCUAUUUAUCAAAAAUUGUAAACUUUAAAAUUGAUAAAAAAAAUGCACUCAUGGGAUCAACCUUAUCUAUAAUAUGUUGUUCAGAAAAAACCGAAGAAAUUGUUAAUGCUCUUAAACAAAAAAAUGAUAUAAUCAAUUUUGGUGAUAUCUGUAAUGUAGACGUAACACAAUUAUAUCAAUUUUUUAAAACGUAUGAUAUUAUCUCAGCAUUAAAAUUAUCUUCUUAUAAAGAUAAUCUUUAUGGAAAUCAUCCAAAUAUGUUAAAUGAUGAUAACAUAUUGGAAGAAGAUAACGUAUUGGAAGAAGAUAACAUAUUGGAAGAAGACAACACAUCGGAUGAAGACAACACAUUAGAUGAUGAUAACACAUCGGAUGAUGACAACACAUCGGAUGAUGACAACACAUCAGGUGAUGAUAACACAUCGGAUGAUGAUAACACGUCGGAUGAAUGUUUCGAUAUUUCUUGUUGUUCAGUACAUUCCGAGGACGACAGCUAUCCAGGUUCAUCAGACCAUGAGAAACUAUAA